AUGGACAAUCAAGAGAAAAAAGAACCGAUCAGCAGAGACGAGAUUCUCAACAAGAUAAGGGAUUUAUUGGGGAGAGACGGUGUCGAUUCAAGAAUUGUCCUCGUUGGUGAAGCUGGUAUAGGAAAGACGUGGCUUGCAAAAGAAGUCAGCAAACGUGUGACUCAAGAAACCUCUUCAUCUUACAUUGUCCUCUGGUUACACCUCAACAAGAAGAUUAGAGACGAGAAGACACUUUACGAGAAUAUAUCUGCUCAGUUAUCCUUGUUUUUCGAGUACGAAGAAGGCGAAAAUCAAAACGAGGUUGAUGUAUCAUUGGAAACCUUGAAGAAGAACAUAUCAAACGCCAUCAUCAAAACGAAGAAGAAGAAUCUUCUGUUGAUUUUGGAUGAUGAAGGAAGUAUGACAACUAAGAAACAUGUAAUGGAUGUCCUAUAUCUCCCACAGUAUCUCCAAGAUGUUGUGAAAGACAUAACUCUAAAGGUUCUAGUCACAAGAAGAGGUGAGAUACAAGAGCAAGAGUCAUACAGAACGAUCAAAGUCGAUUCCCUCACAGAAGACGAGUCAGAGAAACUACUCAGAGACUCUCAAACCUUGCUUGAGUCGUAUACCGUUGAUGACUGGCCUGAUUUGCUGAAGCGCCUUUACGAAAGCAGAGAGAUCAAAGAGCCUACUCUGAUGUCUUGCAUCAAAAGUAAGAGCCAGGGCUUACCUGCUGCUAUUGUUGUCUUAUCCAAGUCUUUAAACAGCAUCAAUACUCUGUCGGCAAAACAGAGGAAGAUCUUCAAAGAACUGAUCUUAUCUUCCAAGUCACUAGACGCAGCAGCUGGUUCCCGGAGCCUCUACAAUCCGGUCUUGCGUUUAAGCUACGAGCUGUUAAAGCCCGAAGAAAAGAUCGAAAAACCGGUCAUUGAUUGUUUUUGGCAUAGCUUAGACUUUUAUAAACAUUGUGGAUGUGUUUAUUACCGUGACCUGAUCACACAAUGGAUACUUGAAGGCUACUUUGAUCCUGUUCGAUCUGUUGAGAAGGCUUACAAGGAUGGUCAUAAAAUCUUGUUGGAGCUUAUAAGCCGAGGUGUUCUCAAGACACAAGAGGAUGAUAUGGUUGUACCAGAGAUGGCAAUGAGUUUCUUAAUAGAUCUUCGUCAUCAUGGGCUCUUAGGAAGAUCCAGGCUUCGAUUUGCUAGAGUUUAUGGUGGUGACAAGAACAAAGGUCUAGGGAAAAUCACACAGAUAGAUGAUAUGAUAAAAACAGUGCAGGGAAAGAGAGGAGACAAUAAUAGUAUACGCACAAUCUUGGUAAGUGGGAACCGUCUGCGUCUUGAAACACCAAAGAAGUUCUUUGAGGAGAUGAAGGAUCUUGAAGUAGUUGGUCUUUUUGAUCCAACAAUGGAAUAUCUAAUCCAGUCUUUACGUGAACUCAAGAAACUCCGAGUUCUUGUGAUCAGGGACUAUGAUCUACUGUCAAGUAUCGAGGAGCUUAAGGGUGGUCUAAGAAGGCUACAAGUUCUUGAAGUUUCUGGCGCCAGCUCUUUGGUAACUAUCUCUGAUGACUUCUUUCAAGCGGUGAAGCAACUCCAAAGUCUUAACCUCUCUGGACUUGGGAUCAAAUCUUCACCUUCAAGCAUUUCUCAGCUUAAGAACCUCCACAGUCUCAUUCUCAGGGACUGUUCUUUAUUGGAAGAUUUACCAGACGUACAACAUUUAAAGAGGCUAGAGAUUCUAGAUGUCCGUGGUGCAUGCAACCUAAUAACUUGCUACAGAAACAGAACCUUUUCUCGUCUUAAACAGCUUCAGCUUCUUGAUCUUUCAGAGAGCAAACUAAAACGACUGCCAAUAUUUCAAGACAGUGCCGUGGCUACCAAGCUUCACUCCUUGACGCGGCUCUCAUUACGCAACUGUUGCAAACUAGUUAAGCUACCGAAUCUUAGACCCUUAUCUGGUCUCCAAGUUCUUGAUCUUUCCGGCACUACCAGCUUAGUGGAAAUUUCAGAAGUAUGCUUCGAGAAGAAAGAGGAACUCAAUAUACUUAACCUCUCACGCACCAAGUUCACCAAAUUGCCUUCAACCAUCUCCGGGCUAAACAGCCUUAGCCAGCUCCUCAUAAAGGACAACUCCAACCUAGAAUCUCUCCCAAACAUCAAGGGACUCACGAGCCUCCAGGUGUUUGAUGUUUCAGGGUGCACUAACUUGCGUAAAAUCGAGGGAUCCUUUGAGGAGAUGUGUUACCUGCGUGAAGUUAAUCUCUCUGGCACCAGGAUAGAAACCUUACCAGAGCUACCAGUGAAGAACAGUCAUGUCUGCUCAAAGCUCCUUGUUCUAGCAGACUCAAGAAGUUUGAUACGUGAUACUUGGAGCCAAGUCAAAGAAGCCAUAACAAGAAAUGAGAUGUCUGAGAGUCUUUCCUCUUCUGGUACAGUCAGUAAUAAAGAGUUGAAAGAAGCUUGGGGCUUUAACUGUCCUGAGAAGAAAGGUGAACGAUGGGAAAAUUUAUACAAGUAUAUCUAUAUGAACACAAUACCAUUUGUGGAUAUAACAAGUCAUCAAGAAGUUCUAGAGGUCCAAGGAUCACAUGGCAUAGAUAUUAAAGACAAGGAAGCCUUAGCUAAAGCUGAGUUUGUGGCUUUUGUAGACAAUACCACAGCAAGUCUCUCACGUGUCUUCAAUGAUUUGAAAGCAGUGAAAGGAUGUUGGGUGGAGAUGUGCGAGGACAUACAACAGCUUUUCUUUGGUGUGGAUGAGGAACGUCUGAGAAACCUGGAGAUAUUGUCGAUAACGAAUCUUCGGUUGAUGGAUAGUAUCUGCAGUAGCAGCAGCUUCAAGAAUCUCAAGAAACUAAACCUGGAUUGUUGCUCAAGCAUCAAAACGCUUUUCCCUGCAUCCGAGCCGCCAAUCUUCUUAGAAGUCUUGAAAAUAAAGUUUUGUGACAAGCUGGAGAAAGUGUUUGGAAAACAAGUUGAAGUGUUGAGUCUUCACACACUAUGCCUUCUUGAGUUGCCUGUGUUGUCUAGUAUUGGUGCUACGCUGCCUAAUCUGGUCACUUACAAAAAAGACAAAUGUCCAAAUCUGAACAUUUCAGAAGAAAAUCUCAAAAGCAGUUAAACGUUUCUACGCUGCAGCCUAAUAUUCAUUCGUUAUUCGGUUCCUUUAGUUUCUAAUAUCGUAACAAUCUUUUGUAAUUUUUUUUCAUCCUGGCACCCUUUGAAGUGAGUCCAGACUACCCACGUGUUACCCAUCUCUGGCGAUGCCGAAAUGUUAAUUUUCCGUGGCCGGGACUCGAAGUCAAUUGCUUCAUCGUAUUGGACUUUUACCUCAAGUUAAUCACCACUGGACCACAAGCUCUCACAAGCUCUGGUUCCUUUAGUUUCUAAUAUCAUAACAAUCUUUUGUCAUCCCCCCGCUAGAAACAAGAGAGAGUGCACAAUGAAGAUAUAUGAAGAACUAUUAGGGACAAAGUCUCAUAUCACUUAUAAACUUGUUAUGUGUGUGUGUAUGUUUUUUUUAUUAAUUCCAGAACUG